CGCCCCGAUGCAAAAUAGGUAAAGAUUCUUUCAGAACAGGUUUUGCUCAAGAAUUCAGAGAAUUCAUUAAGACAUCACUAUGGUUCAUUGGUCAGACCACGAGCGUCAAGUCAUCCACGACGUGUGGGGUAAGGUCACCGGUGACGAUAUCGGACAUGCCCUGGCCAGACUCCUGAUUGUCUAUCCAUGGACCCAGAGAUACUUCGCUUCCUUUGGUAAUCUAGCCAGUGCCGCAGCAAUUGAAGGAAACCCCAAGGUGAAUGCCCAUGGAAAGGUGGUUAAGGGUGGUCUGGACAACGCUGUGAAGCAUAUGGACAACAUUAAGGGUGCAUUUGAACAGCUGAGUAAGCUGCAUUCUGAGAAACUGCACGUGGAUCCCAGCAACUUCUGGCUCCUUGCUGAGACUGUCACCGAAACUCUCGCUGCAAAGUUCGGACCCUCUGUCUUCACCCCUGACGUGCACGAGGUUUUGCAUAAGUUCCUGAGUGCCGUCGUGGAUGCUCUGGGCAAACAAUACCACUAAGCAAGCAUCAGAGUAUAAAAUAUGCAUGCCUUUUACUCUGUGAUUAAAACAUGAAAUAAAACGUGAAGCACGUA